GUGCCCUGCUCUUCCUCUCCCCCGACCCUCUGCAGCCGACGAACCCCCCAGCCACCGCCACCCAUUUUUGGCCGGAAAUCCGGCAAAGCUUGGGGAUUUCUCCCUAUUUUCUUGUCUUAGAACACUUGUUGAACCCAGAAAAUCCCAGAUCUGCGUCUUCCUCCCUCUGCUGUCCGUCGGCUUCAACUUGUGGGUUUGAAAUUUGUGGGCAUUUUUCGCCGCGAGUUCCCCUGCAGAAUUUCUUCUUCUCUGCCGCCGGCUUCUCCCCCCUGCUAGGCUCGGUUUUGCUUGUUAAAUUCUGGUAUGUGACAGCCCUCCAACCCCGAAUUUGUCCGUUGAUUUGCUGCCUUGAAUCUUGAAUUUUCUGCCUUUGAUUUGCCCUUGUACUGUUCGGGAAUUUCUGUUGAAAUUGGGAAUGAAUUUUGGUAGCUUUAAGCUAUGUUUUUAAGUGUGGUUUAAGUAGAAAAUUAGCUUGAGUUGGCCUGUAGUGAUUUUUGGAGAAAACCCGUGAGAUUAUUUUGGAGGAUUGCAGUUACUGUUCACGUUGUGGUUGAUAGAAAUAGCACCGUGAUUAGGGGUAGUCCCGAUGAUGAUUUUACUUUGAAUUUGUGGUAGCGCGGUAUUAAUUGUGGAAUAUUGUGAUUAGGUUUUGAUCGUUCUGUCACCGUAGCGCUUGGGUUAGCCUUCGGUUCUGUGCGAGUGAGGUAAGUAAAUUAUGGUAAAGCCCUUUGAUUUUAAAGCAUGUUUUAAAUUGUUUUUGAGAUGGUGGCAAGGUUUUAAUUGAUUUUAAAUUGAUUUUACCAGCACUUGAGUGUGAUUAAUUGAAAUGGAAAUUGUGAUGUUUGCAAAUUCUGAGGUUUCUGCUAAAUCCAUGUUCACAUGGAAUUUUCUGGUUAUUUCUGAAAUUUGGGAUUUUGAUUGUGAAUCCUGCAUGGUUUUGUCUCUAAUAUGGUCAUGAUUUCCGAUCCCCGCUAGUGGGUGUGUAACACUUCCGAUCCCCGCUAGUGGGUGUAACGCUGGCACUCCUGAUCCCUGCUAGUGGGUGUAACGCUAGCACAUGUUGACAUGUUUACUGAUGACCGGUUUAUUCUGACGCCUGCCACUGGGCGAAUACAUUGGCAAAUUUCUGUCGCCUGCCAGUGGGUUGUUAUAACACUGGCCAUGACUUAUAGAUGAGACUAUUGAACUGAGUUUUCUUCAGCAUUAACGGUUUGUUAUGAGAUGUUUUGUUAUUGAACUGAAUCUGAUUAUGCAGUAACGGUUUUGUCAUUGAACGUUUUGCUAUUGAACUGAACUUGAUUUCCGCAUUAACGGAUUAUCAGUGAAAGUUUUGCUAUGUUUACAUGGUUUAUCUGGCAUGUUAAAAGUUUUACCCAAGGGCUAUCCAUAUUUACUUACUGAGUUUAUCUCAUAGUUUUCCUUGUCCACCAUUUCAGGAUGCGAAACCGAGGACGGGGAAACCAAGGACGGGGAAACCAAGGGGAGUGACGAGUUAGAAAGCUAGCCACUUGUAAUUGAUAUAGAUUUGAGAUAAUUGAUUUGAGUUAUUGGAUGGUUAGAUGUGAUUUGAAUAAGUUCUGAGCCUUGUGCAUUCGUGGGACCCUCUCACGAGUGCACGGCGUCUGUCGCGCCUCGGAUUUGGGUUCUGGGGCGUGACACAAACAAUAGGGAACAAGAAUCAUGUAGAGGCAUCUAUUGUCGAAGCAUACAUUCUCAAUGAAAUAACAAGAUUUUGCUCACGAUAUUUUGGUGCGGAUGUUGAAACAAGUUAGAGUAAGACCCUAAGGAACUUUGCAACAGUUCCACUUUAUAGGAACAUAGAAUUCUCGAUAUUUGUGUGCCCUGGUCAUCCAAUGGGUUCACAUUCACAGACACACUGUCUAACUACUCAAGAGAUAAAGGCGGCUGAACUUU